UUGCUCUUCAAGUCCGUUUCCAGAGUCUCCUCGCAUUUUCUCCUUGCUUUUCUCCAUAAAAGCUAAGGAGGACUUUUCUCUUCAUACCAGUUUCAGACCCAGCAAAGCAAGCAACCACCGUUAACGUUUUGCUCUGAAUCUGGAAAAAAUGCAUUUCCAUGAUGGCAACAGAGUGGAUUUCUCUCAUAUGUUCGCCGUGUCUUUCGCCGGAUUAGUUGCCGCCACUCACGCCUUGCGCUACAGGCAUGCAGCGUCGAAGCAGUUGGAGAAAGACAACGAGAUCAUCCCGAAGCUGGAACGAACAGAAUCUGGCCGAGUCGGAAAGCUUGAGAAGUUCUCCCAUUAUGUCGCUAGGCAAAUGGGAUUUGAAAAUCCUGCUGAAGUCCCUGGGCUAUGCAAGUUAGCUAAUGACUUCCUGAGAAAAGCCAAGGAUUUUGAGGAAAGCGUGUAUGAAUAUUUUGAUAAAGAGCAUGGUGCUGAAUCUCUUCAUGUCAAGUUGAUUCAUGAGUUUGACAGAUGCAUGCUCACAUACCUUGCUUUUCACUGGAACCAAGCUUCUGCUUUGAUUAGCCAGGCAUUAAGCAGCGAGUCUGGGAAGAAAACUCAGCUGCAGGGGAUGUUUUGGGCAGCUACGAGGAAACAGAGGUUUGAGACAGUAACAAAUGAUUUGAAGGUAACAAGGGUGUUCUCUACGUUGGUGGAGGAGAUCAAAGUAAUCAAUGGGGCAUCCCAAUGUAAAGGUGUCAUGGUUCCAAUGGCCCUCAGUGAGAGGAGUCCUGUACUGCUGCUCAUGGGUGGUGGAAUGGGUGCUGGCAAGAGCACUGUUCUUAAAGACAUUCUCAAAGAGCCAUUUUGGGUAGGAGCCUCAUCAAAAGCUGUGGUAGUUGAGGCAGAUGCUUUUAAGGAGUCUGAUGUUAUAUACAAAGUCCUUAAUUCUAGGGGCCACCACGAUGACAUGCUCCAAACUUCUGAAUUGGUGCAUCAAUCUUCAACUAAUGCUGCAUCAUCGCUGCUAGUGACAGCACUAAAUGAGGGGCGAGAUGUGAUAAUGGAUGGCACCUUAUCAUGGGAGCCUUUUGUGGAGCAGACUAUCGACAUGGCAAGGAAUGUUCACAAACAUAGAUACCGCAUGGGAGUAGGCUACAAAGUUGCCGAAGAUGGGACUGUAACUGAAAACUACUGGGAGCAAGCUGACGAGGAAGGAGAUGCUAAUGGAGAGUCAGGCAAUAAUAGAAAGCCUUACAGGAUAGAGCUGUGUGGUGUGGUCUGUGAUGGUUAUCUUGCAGUUGUUAGAGGCAUCAGGAGAGCUAUCAUGACAGGGAGGGCAGUGAGGGUGAAUUCUCAACUAAAAUCCCACAAAAGAUUUGCUAAUGCAUUUCAAAGAUACUGCAAACUUGUGGACCAUGCUAGACUCUACAGCACAAAUUCAGUGGAUGCUCCACCAAAGCUCAUAGGAUGGAAGGAGGGAGAGCACAACUUGCUGGAUCCUGAGCAGAAUUUCUUAGAAAGAAUAGCGAAUUUGAAUGCUGAUGCUGAUUCCAUCUACGAACUCUACAAACCACCCAGCCCUGCUCUGGGGCCUGGUUCUAUCUGGAAUGGCAUUGUUUUCUCUUCUUCAAGGAAGGAUCAGAAACUGUUGAGAGAUUCGAUUCAGAAAAUAGAAAAACUCCCCGGAAACCAAUAAUUAAUCAAUCCAUUGGUGCUUGGACCGAGGAGCUGCUUCAAUGGCCUCAUGAAUUGGUGAGCUUCUAUGAAUUAGUGAGUUUAAGCGUGUUGACAUGUCUAUUUAUGUACUCAACUUGUCCAUAUUUUGUUCGAAAUAUUGACGUGUUCAAUAUAUAUAUAUAUAUAUAUAUAUUCGUGUAUCUUGUUCGGCAAUCAAGGUUACUUAUGAUAGAUGUGGAUUGUGUCCUUGCUUUCA